AUGACUGCCCCACCAACCAAAGAGGAGAUUCUCUCCACCAUGAAAGAGGCGGAACCACUUCUGGCCUUCUACGAUGAGCUCUCCAACGAGGAGAAGUCGAAACUCUACAAGCAACUGUCCACGCUGAAUCUCUCCGAAGCGCGUCAAUGGUUCAUCGACUCAGAAGAGCAACGAUCGCCAUCGUCAGCAGAAGACUUCCGUCCGAUCCCACGCUCCCACCACUUCGCUCAAACGGAAUUACAUAAGGUGGUAUUGGAUCAACUGUGGAACACAGGAAUGGAUGCGAUCGCCAAGGGAGAAGUUUGCGCUAUUGUUCUGGCUGGAGGACAGGCGACACGUCUUGGAUCCAGUCAACCGAAAGGAACCAUUCCGUUGGGAAUCAACGCGGCGUUCGGAGACUCAUUGUUGGGAAUUCAAGCAGCCAAGAUUGCACUGCUGCAAGCUCUUGCAGGAGAGCGCGAUCAUCAAACCCCCGGAAAGAUCCAUUGGGCAGUGAUGACGUCGCCAGGAACGGAAGAAGCCACUCGUGAACACGUUCAAAUGUUGGCCAAGCACCAUGGAUUCGAUUUCGACGAGCAAAUCACAAUUUUCUCGCAAGACGAAAUCGCCGCGUACAAUGAGAAGGGAGAGUUCCUCCUUGGCACGAAGAGCUCUGUGGUUGCUUCUCCGAACGGCAACGGUGGCUUGUACUCUGCAAUCUCCGCCCAUCUUCCUCGUCUUCGUGCCAAAGGAAUCAAGUAUUUCCAUGUGUACUGUGUGGAUAACAUCCUUUGCAAAGUCGCUGAUCCACAUUUCAUUGGAUUCGCGAUUUCGAAAGAAGCCGACGUGGCAACGAAGUGUGUCGCGAAGCAACAGGGAGAACUCGUUGGAUCGGUGUGCUUGGAUCAUGGAAAGCCACGUGUCGUGGAGUAUUCGGAGUUGGGCGCGGAGCUUGCCGAGCAGAAGACGUCCGAUGGAAAGUACCUCUUCAGUGCGGGCUCCAUCGCCAAUCAUUUCUUCACUAUGGAUUUCAUGGAUAGAGUGUGCUCUCCAUCAUCCCGCCUUCCAUACCACCGCGCCCACAAGAAAAUCGCAUUCAUCGACUCGAAUGGAGACGUCAUCAAACCAGAAAAGCCGAAUGGAAUCAAACUCGAGCAGUUCAUCUUCGACGUUUUCGAGUUGUCGGAACGCUUUUUCAUCUGGGAAGUGCCACGAAACGAGGAGUUCUCGCCACUCAAAAACCAUCAAUCCGUCGGUGUCGACUGUCUGAGCACAUGCCAGAAGGAUUUGGCUUACGUCAACGAGUUGUGGCUGAACCGUGCAGGCGCCAUCCUGAAUUCCACCAACCGUCUCUUCCUGAAAACGAUGGCCUCCUACAACGGCGAGAACCUCCAGGAGCUUCGUCACCGUGAGGUCACCGACCAGAGCAUUGAAACGAACCAUGAGAUCAACAAGUUCUUCGUCAAUCAUUAG